GAGCUGUGGAGCAAACUACGGUGCCUGUCUGUCUCUCUCGGAUGUCCCGCGGAUGGACGGCGAGCGGGUCGGUAAUAUCGGGAGACAAGGGGGCCCUCGGGGCAGACAAAAAGCAUCCAGUCAACGAGUCUGUAGCGUGCUGCAGCGGUCAUGAUUUGGGUCACAAGAUUCGCCGUAUGAUGAUCCUUUCUCGUAGCGGAAUGGCAAUAUGGCCAAUGCUCUUCGGUAGGACGUUAUUAUUCGCCUUUAUCCUCAUCAGAUCGUCUGUGGGGUGCGUCUUUUCGUAUACGGUAGGCGAGAAACCAGCUGAAAUGAUGAUAAUCAUCAUGACACGCCAGCGCAUGACAAAUUCUGCCUUGUUCUGAUCAAGCUCGAUCUCACGAAACAACCAGUAUCAGACAGAUCCAGUCUGUCGGGUCACUCUCACUAUGGGUUCGAAUUACCCCCCUCUUGGGCGUCUUGAGAUUGGCCGUAAAG